AUGAAGACUCUUCUGGCGUUGGCACUUCUCGUCUGCUUGGGUAAGUCUUUGUCCGUUGUUAUGGAGGUUGGUAGUAAAUCGUGGGUUCCAAAAUAUCUUGACUGCUGAUUUCAAGACUCGGGUUUUGGCCCAACCAAAAAUUUUUGAUUUAUUUCGAUCCCAAGUCUUUUGGCAUUUGUUUAUACAUAGCCAGCGGGUUUCUCAGCCAUGUUGAGCCUUAGAUUAAUGCUUGCUUUUCACUAUGUUUUGGAUGCACUUAAAACUUUUGUAAUAUUUUAGUUGUUUUACAAGGAAAACACUUUUAUGGGGACUCCUACUUUUUGACGGGACAUAUGUCAAAAAAUCCGAAAAAUUGUGCUGAUCAGGGACAUGUAAAAAUUAGCUGCCCAAUUUCCGGUUUUAGGGGAGAAAAUAAAUCGGAAGUUGACAAGUCCUAUAUAAACCACUUUCGCUAAAUUUUUCACAGGUUUAUAAAUCUUAGUUUACAAGGGAAGUACCCCAAGUGCGGCGCUCAGAUUUUGAUGAAACUUGGCGCAGAUUUAGAGUAAUUUUUUCUAAAAUAUAUGCGAGAAUCCUAGCUCGCGCUUUGCAGAAACAGCCGAGAUUUUUAGAUCGAAAGUCGGCGAAAAUUUAGGACUUUUUACCGAAUUUCCGCACGAAAAGUUUCAUGCUUAUUUCUGACAUAAAGAGUAAUGUUUCCACAAAAAAUCUAUUUUUUCCGCACGAAACUGCCAAAGUUAUGGCCAAAAAACGUUUUCCCUCUGACCGCUCUCCACGUUUAGCGUGCUCUCUCGGCGGCAAAAAUCGUUCGAUAUCUCGACGGCGCACGCAGAGCGCGAGCUAAAACUUUCAAGAAUUGAUCUUUAGUUGAUGCCUGACGUGUUGCAAAAUUUUCAAAAAAUCUGAGCGUCGCACUUGGGGUACUUCCCGUGUUAGAUGACUGCUUGCUUUUCAUUGUGUCAUGAAGUUGGACCUUUUAUAAUAUUUUAUUUGUGUUAUAUUUCUUUCCAUUUCAGUCGAUUCCACCCACUCGGUAAAAUGCUACAGUUGCAUGAACAGUGAAGGGAAAGACGAAGAAGGUAAUGCCCUCGAAAAUCAGGGAACUGCCUGUUUCAAACGUGAUGGCCACGAGCAGACGGACUGCCCGAACGGUUGCCUUAAGGUUAGUGCAAUUGGAAAACAAGGAAAAGCCAUCGUCCGAGGAUGUCUAGAAAGCAGUGACCUUGCAAAAACUCCCAGCUGCGCUAAAAGAGACAGUUUGACUCUCCGGGGACGCAGUGUCACUGAAGAAGCUUGCGUAUGCAACACCCAUCUCUGCAACGGAAGCCCCGGAUCCAUCCUGUUCUUCACCGUGCCUCUCUUCGCCGCGCUCUUUGUGAUGACCAUCUAG